GCAGAGGGAACGGAUCCUGCUGCCCGGCGAUGGAGAGUUCCUUGGGGUGGACGACUCCAGCCAGCAGGCACACGCCGCGGGCGGGGGCCUGGCGGCGCGCGGCGAGGUGGGCGAGGCGGCCGAGUGCGCCCAGCAGGCCGCGCCGGGCGGGAGCGGGCGGGCUGGCCCCUCUGCCGAGGAGGGCGCCGUCCAGGCGUUCCGGCGCCUGAGGACCCUGCUGCUCGCCGCGAAGGACAUCGGCUUUCCGCUGGACAUGGGCCCCGAGGAGGUCUCCGCCUGCGCCGGCAGCGGUGCCCUCCGGGCUGCCCUGCGGGCGUCCGGCAGCGCCGCCAGGCGCAUUCAUGCCGAGUUGAGCGCGACGCCCGGAACGGACAGUCAUCUUCUCUACGCGGGCGGCCUGCGGGAGUGGAUGUUCAGCCAUACAGAGUGCGAUAUGCUAGUCGAGCAGGCUCCUCCGGGGGAUCUGGAGAGGCGCAUUCAGGCAUGGCUCGAGGAGAACGGCUACUCAGAUAAGAUGGGCGAUAGCAAUUAG